AUGCCGAGUAACGUCGAGAUCAAAGCUCGAGUGACGGGGUUCGCGGUGUUUCACGCCCUCUUCAAACAGGUUUUCGCUCCAGAGGUCCUGGAGCACAAGAUUCUUCGGCACUGCGAUACUUACUUCAAAUGUGAAAGCGGCCGGUUGAAACUGAGAGAGAUCACUAUGAACGACGAAUCCACAGCUGAGCUCAUCUUCUACUCUCGGACCGACUCUGCUGGGCCCAAACUCAGUGACUUCGUGAAAUACGACUGCACGGGAACGAGUUCACAGCUGAAGGAGCUCCUCGUGCGAGCAAACGGGCUAAGGGGAGUCGUGAAUAAGACGCGUCAUCUUUAUAUCGUUGGUCAGACUCGGGUCCACAUCGAUCAGGUCGAAGGACUCGGGGAUUUCAUGGAGCUCGAAGUCAUGAUGAAAGACGGGCAGCCCGUCGCGGAAGGCACCGCGAUCGCUCAGGAGUUCAUGGAGAAAUUAAAAGUGGCGCCCGAUUCGCUCAUCGAAGGCAGCUACAUAGAUUUCUUGGCCCCAAGGGAAUGA